CCUCCUCAUAGAAACUCUGCAGCUCAGCGAGCAGCGCUUCAGACGCGCUCUCUGCCGCGCACACCAGUUUCCAGUCGAGCACACAUUCUGCGGCUCCAACUUUAGUUUUACAAACUUCAUUCGGUGUCGAUACCGUGCUGGAUUAAGCCAAUUAACCGGUAUUCUGCCAAAUAAGGUUUCUCUUGCCAGGGUGCGGGUACGAUGAGCGCAUUCUGCAGCUGAUCGGCUGAUUAGAGGGGAGAGGUCUGUGUUCUACAGUGGUGCAGUGUUUGCACUAUCACUAUCAGUUAGUGAAGACGACACAGACCAUCUAGCACCAUGGAUUUCGGCAAUGAUGUGGAUCUGUCCAAUGAGAACAUCACCCCAUUAUGGAAACGCUGCACGGACAAUUGUAAAAAAAAACAGGACUCAAGCAACCCAAAACCACGACCCUUCAGCUACCACUCGAAUGGGGUCAUGACGACAGACUUCCCUGUGGAGGACAAUAAGUGCUCCUUUACCUUGAGCCAACCUGCCGAGAGGCUGGUGGUCACAACCCCGACUUGGGGCAAGAACACUGUGGUGUUGAAGCACAUUCUGCACAAACCCUCCAAGAAAUCCAGAGUUGUCCGAAGCAUCAGCAUCGGGCACUUCUCCAACGGACUCUUCUCACUGUCCAAAUUUAGGUCUGAGGAUAACAGAUCGGCCUCACUGGACAACAGAGUGCGAAAUGGAGAUGCUGACAGGAGGAAAACCAGUAAUGGAGUCACAGAAUGGCAGGAAAAGCAUCUCCAGGACCCCCAUAAUCACACGCCGAGCCUAUUCAGUGUGAGCUCACAGAAAGACCAGAAAGCGUUUGGGAUGAGUUCCCCCUCAUCUGAAGCUGUGCCUCUGAACUCCUCUCCUGUCCUGUCUUCACGCUCUCCUAACAACAACAACAACACAUACAACCACCAUGAGCUGUCCUCUCUUUCGUCCGCAUCCAGUCCCUCUCCUCCAGCCGUGCGUACACCCACCCCCUCCCACAGCUCCACCUCCAGCAUCCCCUCCCUUUCUUCCCUUACCUCAUCAGAACCCUCAACCCCACGCUCCCCGUCGCCAGCGGACAGAGGACAAGCACUCCUUAGACCGUCCUUAUUCUCGCCUGCCUCCUCACAGGACACCAGGCAUGCCUCUUUCUCUUCCUCCACCUCCUCUACAUCACCGUCUCCCUCUCUUUCCCCAUCUAUCUCUCCCUCUCCCUCAAUCGUCCUCAGCACCAACAGCCCUGCUGCCCUGAAGAUGGGCACCCAGCAGCUCAUUCCCAAGGGUUUAGCAUCUGAUAUCCGGCAGUGCAAGGCGCCUGCAUCUGAGCCGCAAGUCCAGGGUAUGGCAGGGCUGCUGGGGUUGGAUCAUUCCAAGCGAGCGUUGAAAGCCCGCAGCAUGGUAGAAACAGGAACCUACUUUUCUACCGGAGGGGGCCACGUAGAAGGGACAGAUGGGGAAAGUGAGAGCCCGGGGACAUUAAGAAGAGGCCUGAGGAGUACGUCCUAUAGGAAGGCAGUUGUGAGUGGAGUAGACCUAGAGGUCCCAUCAGAAGAUCCCAAGGCCCAUUGGUUGUCGCAGCCUGUUGACAAAUGGCUUGAUGGGGAUAAGCCAGAUUCACCAAUCAGUCCAGCAAGCCCUGGCACUCUAAGUCUUUCUAGCCCUGGAACUGCCAAGCCUGCAAGUCCUGGAACACCCAAAAUUGCCAGCCCCAGGAUCUUAGAGCCUAGCAGCCCCGGGACAAAAAAGCAAACCAACACUAAGAAAAACCAGUGUCCAGAUAAGAAGAAAGUUUUGACCAUUCAACGGACGUUUGACAGUGAGGAGGAGGAGCUGUACCAGAACUUUAAGGAGAAAGCCUUACAUAAUGACUCCGAUGAAGAUGCCGAUUCCAGUGAAGACAAACCCGAUGAAGGCAUCGUGUUGCAGUACAGACCCAUACGCAUCUCCUGGAGCCAGCUCAGUGUGGUCAAGAAAAGAGGUCUUUCUGACCGGAUAAGUCAGGAGGAACGCAAAAGACAAGAGGCCAUUUUCGAGGUGAUCUCGUCGGAGCACUCUUACCUACACAGUCUGGAGAUCCUGAUCCGCAUGUUCAAGAACUCUGCAGAACUCAGCGAGGCCAUGACCAAGACCGAACACCACCACCUCUUCUCUAACAUGACUGACGUCUGUGAGGCUAGCAAAAAGUUUUUUAAGGAAUUGGAGGAAAGACACCAACAGAACAUUGUGAUUGAUGACAUCAGCGAUAUCGUUGACAAGCAUGCUCAGUCCAACUUUGACCCCUUCGUCACAUACUGCUCCAACGAGGUCUACCAGCAGAGAACCCUCCAGAGGCUGGUGUCCAAGAAUCCAGUUUUUAAGGAGGUGCUGACCAAGAUAGAGAGCCACCCGGACUGCAGGAACCUCCCCAUGAUCUCCUUCCUCAUCCUGCCCAUGCAGAGGAUCACUCGCCUGCCCCUGCUCAUGGAUACAAUUUGUCAGAAGACACCUAAAGACACUGCACAAUAUGAAGACUGCAAGAAGGCUUUACAAGCAGUCAGCAAGGUGGUAAGAAAGUGUAAUGAAGGAGCUCGCACAAUGGAGAGAACAGAGAUGAUGUAUACUAUCAACUCUCAGCUGGAGUUUAAGAUCAAGCCUUUCCCCCUGGUCUCCUCUUCCAGGUGGAUGGUAAAGAGAGGAGAGCUGACUGCGUUUGUGGAGGACAACGGCAUCUUCCUCAAACGGACGUCAAGGCAACAGGUCUAUUUCUUCCUCUUUAAUGAUGUCUUCAUCGUCACCAGGAAAAAGAGCGAGGACAGUUACACUGUGAUCGACUACGCUCUGAGGGACCAGAUCUGGGUGAGUUCCUGCCAGCCGGAGGAUCUCAACCUGUCACCGGUCAGAAGCACCGCCGGCAUGCUGAGCUCACGGCAAGCCGGCGCCAACCAUCUUUUCCGUCUGCGUUUCCGUAGCAACCACUCCGGUGAAAAGGUGCCCAUGAUCCUGGGGACGGAGUUGCUGAAUGAGCGUGCUCGGUGGAUCAGCGCUCUGGGCCAGAAAGUCUAUAACAGCAAGAGUCAGGACAGAACCAAUGUCAUGCAGGUGGAGGUGAUCCGAACUUACACAGCAAAGCAGCCGGAUGAGUUGUCUCUCCAGGUGGCUGAUGUGGUGCUGGUCUCGCAGACUGUAGAAGACGGCUGGUAUGAAGGGGAGCGACUGCGCGACGGAGAAAGGGGGUGGUUCCUCGCCGAGUGUGCCGAACCAAUCACGUGCCAGGCCACCAUCGAGCGCAACAUGCAGAGGAUGGACCGCCUGCAAGGGUUGGAGACUAACGUGUGAGCAGGAUGAGCCCUGUGCUUUAACCACAAAGGGCUUUUCUCAGCUGGUAGUGCUCCGUUUGACUAACCAGUGACCUUUCUGUUUAAGAAGUGAACACCGACAAAUGGGUUCAGUGACCUGCCUUCAGGGACUAAGUGGACCAGGCUUCUGGACUCUUUACAGUGGGAUAAUAUUAAAGAUAAAGCCAUAGUUCUUAUAUUUCUGCUUAGCGUCCCUUGUAGGUGGGAUGGCUCGACAGGGAUCUGUCACAGUUACUGAUUUGCAGAUUGGUUGGAAAACUUCACACUUGCUGCCAGAGUCACUGCUUUCAACUCCCUGCUUCAUAACAUCUGGUGGAGUCAAAUUUGUACAUUUUAUUUUUCUCCCAAACAUAUACUCAUAUAUUUUUUUGAGUGGAAGUGAUGUGCAAUGCAAUACUUGAGACAACAGUACCACCAUAUAUAAAUUAGACCAAAAAGUGUGACAGCAGCCUGUGGUGUGUGCUCUGUUAAUGAGCACCAGGCCAUGAAAUCAGGAGCUUUGCCAGUAAUAGUGUAACUAUGAAAAUGUUGAUUGUGAAAGUGAUAAUAAGGCGAUACGGUGUGAUCGGCA